UGAAAAAUGGCGGAAACGUGCUCCGUGUUCACGCGACUUCCAGCAGCGGUUCAAAACGUUGUCUAGGUGUGUCACUUAAUGUGUAAGGCUGUGGGUUAAAAGAGGCAUGCAAGAUGGAAAACGAUACAGUGGAGUGCUCCACCUCUGGCCACAUCAAGCAAGUCAUCAGCCAAGCAGUCACUGAAGAAUCCCAAGUCGAGGCUUUCCAUUGUAGUCACUGUGUGCUGAUCUUCGAAUCCAAGGUGUACCUUUUUGAACACCUUUACAAGGUGCAUGGCCUCAAUACAGAAAUUUCUCUCAGAGAGGCUGGUUUAUCCCCUGGGACUGACAAAGCCAACACAGAGAGCAGCAGUUCAGGAGAUAAUUUUAAAUGCCAGAGGUGUGAUUUUAAAGCUUGUAGUUGGGAUGGUUUAAGUGAACACGAGGAACUGUGUCACAAAACUUCAGAAAAUCCUAACGUGUCAGGAGGUGUCAUCAUUUCAGAAAACCUCGACAGCACUUUAAGUGUCAUUUCAGCAAACCAGAACAAUGAAGCUGCAGGAACAUCGGAAGAUCCAUCAGUUCUUUCAGAUAUUUCUACCUCAGAAGCAAACUGCACAUUAAAGGACCUGAAAAUUUUGCAGGAAUCUCCUUCAAGCUCCUGUCCAAACAGUAGUGGUGUGUUUAAAGUCACAGCAAAGUCUGUGAUAGAUAUCACCGGAAGUAAGUCGUACCCUUUUUUGCACACUGACUUGACUACUGAUUUGACUAAAACUCCGGAACAAUUCAGAAAGGAAACUGUUCCUGACAGUGCUGUGAAGAGAUCCAGUGGUAAAAGUUUAAAAGGUCAUCCUGUCAAAAAAGCCAAGUUGGAUAACGAAGAGAUGCUCACGGAAAAUGAAAAUAGACAACAGUCAUCCAGCAGUGAAGUCAGCGAAGAUGAAGACGAGGCAGACGCGGCAAAAGUGUAUUCUUGUAAACAUUGUGACUACAGCGACGUGGGCAUCAGGCGAAUUUCUGCCCAUUAUCAAAGUGACCACCCUUAUAUCAGAUACAAUUCUGUCUACAUUCAGGACGCAAGUGAUCACAGUGCCACCUUUCGUUGCUUGGAGUGUCCAGUUGAGUUUUUAAGCACAGCUGACCUCAAGAGGCACUACUUGGAAAAUCAUCCAGAUGCCCCAGAUGUAUUUGCCAUGAAAUCAUGUGGCCUCAGUUUGGUUUUCAAAUGCUUUCUUUGUAAAUUUACUAUCAAUCUAUUGAAGUCUUUGAAAGAACAUUACAAGGCAAAGCAUGCAACAUAUGAAGUGGAGAAUUCCUUAUUGUUCUGCAGAUAUUCAAUGUCUGAAUGCCAAGAGGAAUCGUCUCAGCUGAGUCUAGAUGUUCACUACCAAAAAAGCCACCCAGAUGAAGUAAUCACAUUAGAUAAAAUCAAACAGUCCGCUUGUCCCACAUCACAUGCAGCAUCAGAGAUGACAUCUGAGAAGUGUUCAGAUUCUGUGAUUGUAGUAGAUCAUUCAGAGACCACACCAGAAGCCUGUAAGAAUCGUUCAGAAUCUUCCCAAACCACGAAAGGGGAAUCUUCGAAGUUUCCAACAAAAUCCAGUAAUGAAAUUACUACUGGACUGGACAUUUCCUCAUCCAGUUUACCAAAUGAAACAUUUUACUGCCAGUUCUGCAGUUACACAAGUACCAAGGUUAAGAGUAUCCUUGGUCAUCACUAUGCAAAACAUUCUAUGGAUGCACCAAUAGGUACUGAUGAUGUCCUAGGGUACAGUGCUGAGAUGCAGAAACGUCAGAGUGAAUCUAAGAUGUCAAAAAGUCCUUCAUCUUCCCAAUUUAAUACUAGUAAACAAGUGAAGAUGUGUAGGGAAAAAGAAGAUCUGUAUAAGGAGGAUUACACAGCAGAUGCCUCAGAAACAGGAGAGAGACAGAACAAGUCCUACGCAUGUCCAGAAAACUUGUUUUACUGCCACAAAUGCAACUUUGGAAAUCCGUCUGUAAAAGGAGUAAUUAACCAUCAGGCUAAGGUUCAUCGAAAGUGUAAUUCCAGCACUAAGUGUGUUCUUGAAUAUACAGCUUUAAUCCAUGAUGAAAUCAGGAAAGCAAAUGCAAAGGAUUCCUCUUCUUCCCGUCUACCUCCUCCUAUAAUAAAUGAAGGUGAAGAAAAAGCAUUUUUUUGCCACUUUUGUAACUACAGGCAUAGUACUUUGGAUCACGUAAUGCACCAUUACAGCAGAAUACAUCAUGGAUUUAAGGCGAAGACUUCAGAAGUCCUUCUGCAUACAUCUAAGAUCCACAAUCAGGCACAGAAAUCUCUUCUAACAUCCACUCAAAAUGAAGAAGCUGCUCAGGAAAUCCUCAAGCUGAAAAUGAAAAAGAAAAAAACAAGGAAGCAUUCAAAGUCUUUGGUCAUUUCAGCAACACCCUCAGUGACAAUCCCACACAGAAAGAGGUCCCUGAACUGUUACGCAUGCGCAUACAAAACUGACGUGAUAUAUGCUCUGAAGACGCAUUUAAGGAAAAUUCACAAAGUAAAGCGUACAGUCACAGAUAUUUUAAGAUAUUAUUUUAGACAAGGAUCAUUAGAGCCCGGCUAUUAUUGUGAAUUCUGUGUUUUCAGACAUGAAAAAGCUGCAGCAGUUUAUGAGCACUACGAGGAACGCCACCUAGGACGUGUCCCCUGCGUUGAGUAUGUAAGUUUUCAGUUAUAUGUCGGUCCUGGAAUGGUCCAUUGUAAAAAGAAGAAGCCUGAUCUAGAGCAGAGUGGAGGCAAUGGCACUGAAAACAGAUUGCUAUCCCAAAGAUACGGACAAAAUAGAGCUGGUUUGUCUUGCAAAAGAUGCUCUUUUAAAUCUAAAUCUUUGUCAGAUCUGGCACACCAUUACCGAAUGGUUCAUCCUUUGAGUGCAAAACUUUCCAAGAAAACAAGCGCAAGCUGGCGGGUGGAAGACCAAAGUGACAGACCCGGCUCAUUGUCCUCCAAAGUGUUCAAGUGCCUUUACUGCUCUGCAAAUUUUAAUAGCAAAAAGGGUCUCCACACUCACUGUGGAUUGAAACACCCGGAAGCUGUAAUUGAAAGAUAUGAACAAGAACAAAAACCAGAACAGCAGCUCCAAAAAUGUCUGCAUAAGACAUUGAAGUCUAGCAUAACAGCAGAAAAAAGCAGCAACAAACAGUUGUACAAGUGCCAGAUGUGCACCUAUAAAGGACGAUAUCAAUACCUCCAGCGCCACUACAAAAAUACUCACAAAUUGGAUGCAGUCAGUAUUUACAAACUUCUUGAGAAAUAUAAUAAGCGUAAAUGGAACUCUCCCAGCAACGUACUUAAAUCAGGCAACAGCACAAAGGUUAAAUGUUUGAAAUGUCCAGAAUUAACAUUCAAGUCGUCGCAGCUGCUCAUUGACCACUAUAGUACUUUUCACCGCUCAGAGUGGAAAUUGGACUUUACUGUGUUGUCACUAGGAUCGAAGACAAUGAAAACCACAGGGGUUUACAAAUGUGACCACUGCAACACACAAUUAAAUGGGAUUAGAAAGUUGUGUUAUCACAUGGAUCGCCACAGAGCAAGGAUGCUAAAGAAGGCCAAGGCUGCGCAGAGAAAGGAGUCGCUUAUUAGCACAACACUAGAGCAAGAAUCCAGCGAGCCCUGCAGGCAAGAUGAAAUGACCACAUUGGAAACUGUGAACGAGGUUAAUCGUUGGAACGGGACACGAGUACAGAGCGCCGCUACAUCAGAACUCUCUGAUGUACAGCAGCCAGAACUAGAAUCGAAUGGAGACAAACACACGUGUAGACAGUGCGGCCGGAUGUUUAUGUCAUUGAAAGGCUUGCAUUCCCAUGAGCACAGCCACGCAGCCAUCAAGAAACUGGACAAUAGCUCCACAUCUGGAUUAAAACACAAGAAAACUCUGGAAAUGCACAUGGAGACGGGUCACUCUACCUGCCAGUCAAAGCCUACUCAUCAGAAGGACCUCUGCUGCCCUUUCUGUCUGUACCAAACUAAGAACAAGAACAACAUGAUUGAUCACAUUGUCUUGCAUCGUGGGGAACGUGUAGUGCCAAUAGAGGUUCGUCGCCCCAAACUGUCACGUUGCCAUCAAGGCAUCAUCUUUGGGUCAAAAAAGGUCGUGAAGAAUCAUGAACUCGUGGGUCAGGGGAGCCUUGAUCAGCUGGAGGCAAGCGUUGAUAAUGUGCCAGUAACAGAAGAAGAAGAGGAACAUUUGUCUAACAUGGACCAGCUAGAUAAAGACAGAGGAGAUGUAGAAAUGGAGGACCUUUUUGCAGACUGUGAUGAGGUUCCACAAGCUGAGAACCUGGAAGAAAACUAUACCACAGAGAAAAGUGCACUCCAGAUCAGGGAAUGCCAGGAAACCAACGGAGAAAGUCCUGGCGAGACUUCCGAAUCAGACAUUCAACAUGAAAAUGCCAAACCAAACUCUACUGUCCAACAAGAGCUGCAAAAACAAGCGGAGCUUGUGCUGCUAGAGACUGCAAGAGAACAGGAGACAGGAAAAGUGGAACAAAGUGUAACAGAAGUGAAAAUUACAGAUACCCCAUGUGAGGAUUACGGCGAUUCAGAGGAAGACAGACAGACAAAUGAAAACCAAGCCCAACCUGAAUUCACAGAAUCUGGAGACAAACAACAAAUGGAGACAGGAAAUGUGGAACAAAGUGUAACAGAAGUGAAAUCUACAGAUACCCCAUGUGAGGAUUACGGCAAUCCAGAGGAAGAGAGACAGACAUAUGAAAACCAAGCCCAACCUGAAUUCACAGAAUCUGGAGACAAACAACAAAUGGAGACAGGAAAUGUGGAACAAAGUGUAACAGAAGUGAAAAUUACAGAUACCCCAUGUGAGGAUUACGGCGAUCCAGAGGAAGAGAGGCAGACAAAUGAAGACCAAGCCCAACCUGAAUUCACAGAAUCUGGAGACAAACAACAAAUAGAGACAGGAAAAGUGGAACAAAGUGGAACAGAAGUGAAAAUUACAGAUACCCCAUGUGAGGAUUACGGCAAUCCAGAGGAAGAGAGACAGACAUAUGAAAACCAAGCCCAACCUGAAUUCACAGAAUCUGGAGACAAACAACAAAUGGAGACAGGAAAUGUGGAACAAAGUGUAACAGAAGUGAAAAUUACAGAUACCCCAUGUGAGGAUUACGGCGAUCCAGAGGAAGUGAGGCAGACAAAUGAAGACCAAGCCCAACCUGAAUUCACAGAAUCUGGAGACAAACAACAAAUGGAGACAGGAAAUGUGGAACAAAGUGUAACAGAAGUGAAAAUUACAGAUAUCCCAUGUGAGGAUUACGGCAAUCCAGAGGAAGAGAGACAGACAUAUGAAAACCAAGCCCAACCUGAAUUCACAGAAUCUGGAGACAAACAACAAAUGGAGACAGGAAAUGUGGAACAAAGUGUAACAGAAGUGAAAAUUACAGAUACCCCAUGUGAGGAUUACGGCGAUCCAGAGGAAGAGAGACAGACAUAUGAAAACCAAGCCCAACCUGAAUUCACAGAAUCUGGAGACAAACAACAAAUGGAGACAGGAAAUGUGGAACAAAGUGUAACAGAAGUGAAAAUUACAGAUACCCCAUGUGAGGAUUACGGCGAUCCAGAGGAAGAGAGGCAGACAAAUGAAAACCAAGCCCAACCUGAAUUCACAGAAUCUGGAGACGAACAACAAAUGGAGACAGGAAAUGUGGAACAAAGUGUAACAGAAGUGAAAAUUACAGAUACCCCAUGUGAGGAUUACGGCGAUCCAGAGGAAGAGAGGCAGACAAAUGAAAACCAAGCCCAACCUGAAUUCACAGAAUCUGGAGACAAACAACAAAUGGAGACAGGAAAUGUGGAACAAAGUGUAACAGAAGUGAAAAUUACAGAUACCCCAUGUGAGGAUUACGGCGAUCCAGAGGAAGAGAGGCAGACAAAUGAAAACCAAGCCCAACCUGAAUUCACAGAAUCUGGAGACGAACAACAAAUGGAGACAGGAAAUGUGGAACAAAGUGUAACAGAAGUGAAAAUUACAGAUACCCCAUGUGAGGAUUACGGCGAUCCAGAGGAAGAGAGGCAGACAAAUGAAAACCAAGCCCAACCUGAAUUCACAGAAUCUGGAGACAAACAACAAAUGGAGACAGGAAAUGUGGAACAAAGUGUAACAGAAGUGAAAUCUACAGAUACCCCAUGUGAGGAUUACGGCGAUCCAGAGGAAGAGAGACAGACAAAUGCAAACCAAGCCCAACCUGAAUUCACAGAAUCUGGAGACAAACAACAAAUGGAGACAGGAAAUGUGGAACAAAGUGUAACAGAAGUGAAAAUUACAGAUACCCCAUGUGAGGAUUACGGCGAUCCAGAGGAAGAGAGACAGACAUAUGAAAACCAAGCCCAACCUGAAUUCACAGAAUCUGGAGACAAACAACAAAUGGAGACAGGAAAUGUGGAACAAAGUGUAACAGAAGUGAAAAUUACAGAUACCCCAUGUGAGGAUUACGGCAAUCCAGAGGAAGAGAGGCAGACAAAUGAAAACCAAGCCCAACCUGAAUUCACAGAAUCUGGAGACAAACAACAAAUGGAGACAGGAAAUGUGGAACAAAGUGUAACAGAAGUGAAAAUUACAGAUACCCCAUGUGAGGAUUAUGGCGAUCCAGAGGAAGAGAGGCAGACAAAUGAAAACCAAGCCCAACCUGAAUUCACAGAAUCUGGAGACAAACAACAAAUGGAGACAGAAAAUGAUUUCAAAGUGGAUGAAGAAACACCAGCUCAAAAGCAAGACGUUAAAGCACUUGAGCAUAAAACACUGAACAUUGAGGCAAAGGUAGAAGAUGACAUACUGCGUCAUAUCUUACAGUUGGCCAAUGAUGACAGCAAGAUGCAUAACAAGGCAGAUGAGGGUAAAACGGUCAAGAUGGAGAAGGGCACUGAGGCAAGUGAUAUCCCAUUAGCUGAAGAGAGCAACUUCCCUUUGUUCCAGAAUCCAAAGAAUCAAGUGUCUCGUUUACAAAAUUAA